CUCCAUCAAGGACUGAACAGGAACGUGGACACCCUACAGCAUUGCAAGGCACAGCCGGGUCUGUGUGAACCUUUCGUUGAGGUUAUCCCCAUAACACCACACUGCAAGUACAUCAUCCUGAUGACAGACGGAGUCUACAAGAGCAUCGAGGCGCCGUUUCUGCAAAAAGGCUGGAAUCGAAACCAACAAGGUCCUCAUGACCACGGUGAACCGAGAAAGAGAUCAGCUCGUGGACCAAAAGAGAAGGUUCGAUGUUCUUGCCGAUCGUGUCCUCGGGCGUAUCAGGGCUAUUCACGAAGAUGCAUACAAGAACCACGCUGCACGAGAUAUCCGUUCACCGGUGGCCGUCGCAUGCCGCAAGAGGGACGAUAUGACACUACUCAUCCACCAGUUUGCCACAUAGGAGUCUAACACACAUCUCUAUCUUCCACACCCAUCAUUAGAGUGAAAAUUUAUUAAAAACCAUUGUACCUGUUUGA